CACAACUUCGCAUUUGAGCAUUAGUACAUUCAAGAUGAGUCCUUUUAGCAAAUUACUCGUAUUCCUUGUUUCACUUUGUGUCCUACUUCAAGUCGAAGCAAAAGUUUUCAAACGAUGUGAACUUGCCAAAGAAUUGAAAAACAAGCACCACAUCCCUGGAUCUCAACUAGCAACAUGGAUGUGUAUCGCAAAAUACGAAUCAGAUUAUAACACCAGUGCUAGGAACACCAAAACAGGAGAUCAUGGGUUGUUUCAAAUAAGUCAGAUUUAUUGGUGCAACAACAGCAACAAACCAGGAAAAGGCUGCAAUGCGAAAUGUUCCGAUUUUAGAAAUAACGAUAUUCGAGACGAUGUUGCGUGUAUUAAGAAAAUCUACGCCGAACAUCAAAAACUUUCUGGAAAUGGGUUCAAUGCUUGGGUAGCUUACAAGAACCACUGCAAAGGAAAUAAUGACCACUUCAUUAAGGGAUGUUUUUAAAACAUUUACGUUUUAAUAAAUAAGGAUGUUGUUUUAUAUCAGUAUGUAACGUUUUAAUAAAAUUUUAUUGGUACCAAAAAA